AGAAGUACAGGCUGUGCGUCUCGUGGAUGACACCAGACACCGGUCCUCUGUGGGAUAUUACGUCCUGGAUACAGCGGGACCGCGGCCGGGUACCCUGGGCUGUUGCUGCGCUUUUCUCUUCUCGGGGAGUUGUGUGCGCUGACGGAGAGAGGAGCCCCCGUGUACAUGUUCUCCAUCCAGGAUACGUUCUCCAGGGGGGCACUAAGUAUGAAGGAGGAACCUAUACCCGCCGGAUUGUCCUCUGUCCGCUCCUGGAUGCACUCCUCAGGAAUAAUGGACUCCAGCACCGCUGCACAGAGCGGGAUCGGACUAUCGAGGGCCCACUUCGAGAAGCAACCACCAUCCAACCUCAGAAAAUCCAACUUUUUCCAUUUUGUUCUUGCACUUUAUGACCGUCAAGGGCAGCCGGUGGAGAUCGAGAGGACGUCCUACAUCGACUUUGUAGAAAAAGACAAAGAGCAGAGCGGAGAGAAAACGAACAAUGGCAUCCACUAUAGGCUCCAGCUACUCUACAGCAAUGGAAUCAGGACGGAACAAGAUAUUUAUGUGCGGCUUAUCGACUCCAUGUCCAAACAGGCCAUCAUCUAUGAAGGUCAGGACAAGAACCCGGAGAUGUGUCGAGUCCUUCUCACUCAUGAGAUCAUGUGCAGUCGGUGCUGUGACAAGAAGAGCUGUGGGAAUCGCAAUGAGACGCCCUCAGACCCGGUCAUCAUAGACAGGUUCUUCUUGAAGUUCUUCCUAAAGUGCAAUCAGAACUGUCUGAAGAACGCCGGGAACCCACGAGAUAUGAGAAGAUUCCAGGUGGUGGUUUCUACAACAGUGAAUGUGGAUGGACACGUCCUCGCCGUGUCUGAUAACAUGUUCGUACACAAUAACUCCAAGCAUGGACGCCGGGCUCGGAGACUGGACCCUUCAGAAGGUGUGUGUAUAAUAUUACUGUAUCCGGUCUCCAUGGAGGAAGCAGCAACCCCGUGUAUCAAAGCCAUCAGUCCCAGCGAGGGUUGGACCACGGGUGGAGCCACCGUCAUCCUCAUAGGAGACCACUUCUUCGACGGUCUGCAGGUGGUGUUUGGCACAAUGCUGGUGUGGAGUGAGCUAAUAACCCCCCAUGCCAUCAGAGUUCAGACACCUCCGAGGCACAUCCCCGGCGUGGUGGAGGUGACGCUCUCCUACAAGUCCAAACACUUCUGUAAAGGAUCGCCGGGGCGCUUUGUCUACACAGCCUUGAAUGAACCAACCAUUGACUACGGCUUCCAGAGACUACAGAAGGUGGUGCCCCGACACCCGGGAGACCCUGAGAGGUUACCCAAGGAAGUCUUAUUAAAGCGAGCGGCGGAUCUGGUGGAAGCCUUGUAUGGGGUGCCGCACAAUAACCAGGAUAUCAUAUUAAAAAGAGCCGCGGACAUUGCCGAAGCUUUGUACAGCGUCCCCCGCAACUCCAAUCAGCUGUCAUCGUUAACAUCCAAUCACCCGCAUAGCGGCAUGAUGGGAGUCAACUCCUUUGGAAGCCAACUGGCCAUCAAUAUUGCAGAGUCUUCGCAGGCCUCCGACCAAGGUUACUCCAGGAACUCGAGCAGUGUUUCUCCACGGGGGUACGUCCCCAGCUCUACACCACAGCAAUCGCACUACAACACCAUCACUUCCAGCAUGAAUGGCUAUGCGGGGGCCGGGAUGACCAGCCUAGGAGUACCGGCAUCACCAAGCUUCCUUAAUGGCUCCACCGCCAACUCUCCAUAUGCAAUUAUGCCGGCGAGUCCCCCGCUCGGAGCUUCUUCCAUCUCUCUCCCGUCCAGCGCCAAUUCCGGUAACCCCACUGGUAUCUUCUCCUUCUCACCGGUCAAUAUGAUCUCCGCCGUCAAACAGAAGAGCGCCUUUGCCCCCGUGGUGCGACCCCAAAACUCUCCUCCACCCACCUGCACCAGCUCCAGUGCGAACAGUCUACAAGCCAUGACUGGUUUGAUAGUUCAGCCAAUGUAGAACAAGUGACUUGAGAUUCCAUAGAAAACCUUUGCAUCCCACAACUUCCUUCAAGAACAAGGACCUGCUGACCAGCACCUGAUGGCAACAAACCAGGAUAUGACUGAUCAAGCAAAGGCUGGUCUUAU